AUGAGUAAAACAUCUUCAACCAACAACUCGGUAAUUCAGCCCCACAGUUCAGAGAGUGAACAGUCUUUAUCUGUGCGCCCCUCCAAUGUCAUUGAACCUUUUGUGGCCAAACGGAUCUGCUUUUACAAGAGUGGAGACCCUCAGUUUAAUGGAAUCAAAAUGGUUGUUAAUAGCCGCUCUUUCAAAUCGUUUGAUGCCCUGCUUGACAACUUGUCAAAAAGAGUUCCACUGCCUUUUGGAGUAAGGAAUAUCACUACACCAAGGGGGGUACACAAGAUCAAUAAUCUGGAAGACCUGAAAGAUGGGAAGUCAUACAUUUGUUCCCAGCAAAGAAAAAUCAAACCCAUUAAUUUGGAGGUGGCCAGCAGAAAGCCAUUGCCAUGGCAGAUUAGCAGGCCCAUCAGUGCUCGCCGUAGGGCUGUACAGUUAACUAGAGAGAAUGAAGGGGGUAUGUUCCAACAUGGUAGCACCAUACAACUCAGCACCCCUAAGAAAUUGCUUGUUUUCAGAAAUGGCAAUGCAAGAACUCGGUGCACAGUUGUCUUGGAUAAGAAGAACACACAACAUUUUGAGGCCUUUCUGGACCAUGUCAGUGAAUUAAUGCAGUACUCAGUGUUGAAAUUAUAUACUACCGAUGGAAGAAAGGUCUCCAACCUUCAGGCUCUGCUAUUGUGUUCUGGAGCUAUUGUGGCUGCAGGGAGAGAACCCUUUAAGGCAGGGAAUUAUGAUCCUCAUAGGUAUUCCUUGCCUGGAAGACUGCCUGGGGUCUCCAGCCGUGUAUACCCCCGAGCAAACCUCAAGUCUGAGAGCAGAAAAACUGGGAAAUGGAAGGUAAUAAUUUUUACCAGUGACCAGCCAUCUUCAGGAACCAGCUCACAAGUUUAUAUUACGUUAUAUGGACAACAAGGUAAUUCAGGAGCUGUCUUCCUAUAUGGGGAGGAGAAAAACGUGUUUGAAAGAGGAAGCACAGAUACUUUCAUUAUUCACACAGAGGACUUGGGAGAUCUGUACAAAAUACGGAUAGGACAUAAUAAUUCUGGAGAAACCCCUGCUUGGCACUGCAAAGAGCUGCAAUUGCAGAAUCUUGUAACAGGGGAAAAGUAUGAUUUCUCUGUUGAAAAGUGGCUGAUGCAAACUCAAGAUGAAGGUGAAAUCAGUCAGGAACUUCCUGUUUUGCACCAGGGCCAGCCCCUUCUUCCAGUGGUGAUGUACAAGGUGCAUGUACUAACUGGUGAUCUAUGGAAUGCUGGAACAGAAGCUGAUGUCUAUAUAGCUACCUAUGGAGAAAAAGGUGACACAGGGUGCCGACAACUGCGUAGGUCAGCGAAACCUCAAAAACACAUGAAAGGACAAGCUGAUACUUUCUCACUUGAAGCUGUGCACCUUGGACAUUUAUAUAAAAUUGUUGUAGGACACAAUGGACUUGGCUCAGGAAAUGGUUGGUUUCUGGAGAAAAUUGUAAUCCAGGAUCCUAUCACUAACUCAGAUUAUAUCUUCAUAUGCCACAGGUGGCUAGAUCAAGGAGAAGAUGAUGGCAAAAUUGUCAGAGAACUCUAUGUCAUUGAUAAUGAUACCAUUGCAAAGAAACAAGAACUAGAAAUCAAGAAAAAAGACAUGUGGGCAGCUGAGAAAUGGAAAUUUCAGAAAGGCAAUAUACUUCAGUUUUACAACAAGAUGACCCAUGGUUUUAUACGUCUCCGGCAAGAUGGAAUGGUGGAUGCCCUCGGUGACAAGAAAGACAGAUAUGGUCUUUUUGAAGUGGCAGUCAAGAAAGGAAGCCUAUGUGUUCUUAGAAGUCAUCCAAUGCCACAUCUUGCGCUUGCACUUGCUCACGCCUCAGUCACCGGAAUGAACUAUGGUGAAAACCACUGUGAGCUGCAAGUUCAUGUUCAGCCAAAUCGUUGCACCAUCCUGGAAUCUUCCCAGAAUCCAGGGCAAAUUAUUUCUUUCAAUUUCCAAGGCACGGUAGCUGAUGAUAACACAGGCUAUGCAGGGCUAACCAAGGAGUUUGUUGUCCAUGUAAAGGGUGUAUUCUACAACAGUGCAAUAAUUUUGCUCACUACAAGCUACUGCCAGUUUCUCUGCCUGAGAUCUGAUGGGAGCUGCAGCGGAGCAGGAAAUCAGGCUGAUGACUCUUACUGGAAAGUUCAUAAAAUCAGCUCUGGGGUUUGUAUGUUUGAAAGUGCAAAACACCCAAGAAUGUAUCUGAGGAUCAAGGAUGGUCAAUGUAAUGGAAUGGGCACAGGAAAUGUGGACUGUCAUUUCAAAGUACAAAAAAAUUUAGAGACUGGAUCCAUAAGUCUUGAAUCGGCACGAAACAUAGGGAUAUAUAUUGGCCUUCUGCCUAAUGGUGAGACCAAACCAGUUGUUGAUACUGGAGAAAGCAACAUUUUGUUUUACCCGCAAGUUGUCAAAUUUGGCAGAAAAAAGCCAAUGGGGACAUCUGCAACUCUUGCCCAACAGGAAGAAGUGUUCAGAGAAUCUAAGCAACAAUUUGCAAGAACCCAGAAUCUAGUAUCUGGCAGAGAACCAGAUUCUCUUCCUUCAGAGGAUAAAUGGAAAGUACUCAUACUGACAGGAAAUUCAGGAACCCAAGCAAAUGUCACUCUCUGGAUAUAUGGAGACAAAGGUUCUGUUGGACCAAUAAUUCUUGGCAAGGACAACAGAGAACAGCUGUUUCUACCAAGAACUGAAGAUGCAUUUCAGGUUGAAAUGAAAGAUAUUGGUAACAUCUACAAAAUCAGAAUAGGCCAUGAUGGAACAAGUCAAUAUGCAGAUUGGAUGUUGGAAAAGGUAACAUUACAACAUCUGAAGACUGGUAGAAUUCUGAAGUUUCCAGCAAACAAAUGGUUGUCAUGGAAUGAACAGAAUGGAGAUACUGUGUGUGAACUCUCUGUUGAAGGAAAUGGAAGAAGCAUUUAUCCAAUUGUGAGUUACCAGGUUUAUGUAUCUACUGGGCAUCUGGAACAUGCUGGAACUACUUCUUCCAUUUAUCUGUGCAUAUAUGGAGAAAGAGGAGAUUCUGGUUUGAGACUUCUUGCUAAAUCAGACCAACCUAUAAAAUUUCAGAGAGGAAUGAUUGACGUGUUUGAAAUACAAGCUGUGUCACUUGGAAAUCUACAGAAAGUGCUGCUGCACUGCAAGGCUGAUAACCAAUUGCAGGAUUGGUACUGUGAGAAAAUAAUCAUCAGAGAAUCUGGGAAAAACUCAGAAAAUAUUUUCAUCUGUGAAAGAUGGCUGCCAUAUAUGUCUCAAGGAAUAAUCCAUUCAGAAAUAGAGCUCUUUCUCCAGGAAAUGCAAAUAAAUCAUCAGCUGAAAAUGCAAGAGGAAGAAAAUGGAGAAGAUUGGAAAAUCACUAUAGUCACUGGAGGUUUUGAAACAGCUGGCACAACAGCAACUGUGUCCCUUUAUGUUUAUGGAGAUAACAAGGCUUCAGGUCCUCUUAUACUGGGAUCUGGAAAACACCAGCUGUUUAAUCCCAACAGUACAGAUAUGUUCCAGAUUAAACUAAAGGAUGUUGGAGAGCCAUAUAAAAUCCGGAUUGGCCAUGACAACAGUGGAGCAGAUCCCAGUUGGUACCUUAAUGAGAUUAGAUUGCAGAGAAUGAAUGUGCCAUCUAAGCAAGAAAUAUGUUUUCCUGUCAACUGCUGGCUAUCUGAAGACCAGGGAGAUGGAGACACAUGGAGAGAAAUACCAGUUAGGAGGCCUAAAAAAGAACUUCUACCAUUGGUAGUCUACAAGAUCAGCAUAUACACUGGGACACACCCAGGAGCGGAAACUAAUUCUAAUGUAUACAUCACUAUCUUUGGAAAUCAAGGGGAUUCUGGAAAACGGAAACUUCAGAUGUCAAGCACUAAUGAAGUCAAAUUUCAGUGUGGUCAGACUGAUGUGUUCUCCGUGACAGCUGUAUCACUUGGAGUUCUACAUAAAAUUCUCAUUGGCCAUGAUGGAACUGGUCCAGGUAGUGGAUGGUUCCUCCAAAAGGUUGUUAUCAGAUUUCAGGAGGGAGCAGAAGGUAAAGAAGAAGUAAUUGAGUUUCUUUGUAACAGGUGGUUAGAUGAGUACCAAGAUGAUGGGAAGACUGAGAGAGAGCUAAUUGCCAGAAAAAAUAGCAAUGCAUCCAUGGCAAAUCCUAGAGGGCAAUGGAGAGUGGUGGUGAAAACUGCUGGUGAUUCUCCAGAGCCACGGACAUCUAAAAGAACCCUUGUGAUUUAUGGCUCAAAAGGCAAAAGUGAUGAUCUUCUCCUGUCUCCACAAAGCUUGGGAUAUGUGUCUUUCCAACCUGGAGCCACUGAUGAAUUCAUUAUUGAGUCUAGAGAUGUUGGAGAUGUGUACAAGAUUCGGGUCAGCUGUGAUGAUUUGGUAGCCUUUGAGGGCUGGCAUUUGAAGUCUUUGCAGAUGGAAGACCUGCAUGCUAAUCAAGAGGUGAACUUUGACUGCAACUGCUGGUUCUCCCUUAGCCAAGAAUGCAGAGAUCUGGUGAAAGAAUUUCCUGUAGUGAAUGAAAACCAGAAAACUUUACCAGUGCAUAAAUAUAUAGUCUCUGUACACACUGGAGAUCCUUGGGGAGCAGAAACCUUUGCCAAUGUUUAUAUAACCGUUUAUGGUGAACGAGGCGACACGGGUGUACGGAAACUUCAACACUCCUCUAUUGAAGGAGCAAAAUUUCAGAGGAACAAGGUGGAUUCCUUUUUAGUAGAAGCAGUCUCCUUGAGUCAUUUAAAAAAGAUAGUUGUAGGACAUGAUGGAGAAGGUUAUGGUGCUGGAAUAUACUUAAAAAUGAUAACCAUUAAGAAAUCAGAAAGUUCUGACAAAGAGUGGGUCUUCCCAUGUUGGAACUGGCUGGAUACUCAUCUGGGAAUCUGUGACACUGUUUGUGAGAUUAAAACCAUAGGUAAAAAAUGGAUCUCUUCUUCAAGAUAUUCUCCAGUCAAUCAGCAGACAUCAGGUUUAUGGAUAAUGGAUAUCACUGGAUCUGACAUAAAUGCUGAAACUGAUCCAAUGCAUUUUACUUUCAACUUUUAUGGAGAUAAAGGUCACAAAAAGUUGGUACUGCAGCUUUUAGGAAAGACAACACAAAUCAAAGAUGAACUGACAAACAUUGGCUCACUUUACAAGAUUCAAAUAUCCAGUCAUCAUGCUCAGCUAAAAGAGUCCUGGCAUUUGGCCAUGUUGCAUAUGAAACAUACAGAUACCAACCAAGAGAUGUGGUUAAAUGUUGAUUGUUGGUUUAAACCCAGUGAAGACAAAUUUGUUGAACUGCCAGUAUUCUUUGCAGGCCAGGAUCCUUUGCCUGUUGUGGAGUAUUCUAUCUAUGUACACACUGGAGACAGAAAGAAAGCGGAUGCCACCGGAGAUGCUUAUUUUUGUAUUUGUGGAGGCAGAGGUGAUUCUGGAAAACAAUGGCUUAAUAAUUCUAAAACAGGCCCAAUCACUUUUGGUAGAGGACAGAUGGAAGUUUACCAAAUCAAAGCAGUGCAUCUUGGGAAGCUGAAUCAAGUCAUUGUGGGGUUCAAAAGUUUGAACAAAGAUGAUUGGUUUCUAGAGAAGAUAGUAAUACAAGAAGGAAGCUAUCCUUUUAGCAUAUAUACUUUUGUUCAUAAUAACUGGUUGCAUCAACAGUCAAAAAAAGAUUUUACAGAAGUUGCAAUCCCACUACAAGAAAUGACAGCAAAAUCUGGACCUGUGAAAGAUUUUGAUGCAAAAAGCCAAGGACAAUGGAGAAUAUGGAUGGACUGUGUCCAUGUUCCAGAAAAAAUGCCUGAAAUAAACAUCUUUGCCUAUGGAACCAGUGGGGUAUCACUUGCACAGAGAGUUCAAAAUUUUAAAAAUGAACCAUUUCUGUUGAGUAUUGGUGAUAUUGGUCAAAUAACAAAGCUUUCCUUUGUGUCAUCCUGCUCAAGUUUGAAUAAAGGGAUCAAACUGCAUAAGUUGCGGAUGAAAGACUUGGAUACUAAAGAGGAGUUAGGGUUUCACCCUUUAAACCGAUGGCUUUCUGAAGAAGAUGGGUCAGAGACUGUGACGGAACUAGCAACAGUCAGACCAAAUGAAGCUCCACUUAAUGAAGUUAUUUACUCAGUCAGUGUUUAUACAGGAACAUUACCUGCAUCCGAAACAGAUGCCAAUAUCUUUAUUACAUUAUUUGGAAAGAAUGGAGACUCUUACAAAAGAAAACUUAGGCAUUCAAAAUCAUGUCCACAGUUUGAAAAGGGUCAGAUAAGUAUCUUUGGCAUCCAAGCAGUUGAUCUUGGGAUGUUAAGCACAGUGUUUGUGGAACACAAUAAUUCUGGUUAUGGAGCUGGCUGGUACCUUGACCAAAUCUUGAUACAAGAAUUGGAGAAAAGCAAUAGUCAGUAUGUAUUCUCAUGCCAGCAAUGGUUGGACAGUGGUGUUGGUGAUGGAAAGAUGAAACGGGAACUGCAGCUUCUUGGAAAAAUCAGUAAAGAAAGUCUGGCAAAAGAUGCCCAUGGGACCUGGGACGUCACUGUUAUAACUAGGGAAAUGUCAGACAAUUACAGGAACUCUAAGUUAACUCUGACAGUUUGUGAUGACAAGGGUACAUCAGCUUCAGUCUUCAUUCUCAAAGGAUCAUUUAAAAGGGCUGAAACUUAUCAGACAUCUUUGGAGCUAGAUAAGAAGUUUAGUAAGAUAUGCAAAAUUCGCUUGGAAGUAGAAGGUACAGAGGGAGAAACAUGGCAUUGUCAUGAGGUGAAGCUUCAGAAUAGAAAGAGUAAGGAAACUUUAGAAUUCCCAUGCUGCCGAGAUUUUCCAGAUAAUAAAGGAUGCACAGUGGCUGAAUUUCCCAUUCUUAUAACUGGCUCCAGGUUUUUAACAGUUAAACAGUAUGUUCUAUAUAUCUCAACGGAUUCAUCCCCAAAAUCAGGUACAGACUCUGAUGUGUAUGUCACUUUAAAAGGGUCAAUGGGAGACACAGGCCGGAGAAAAUUAUGCAGGAAUGGGCAGGAAUGUUUUACUGAAGGAAAGGUGGAUGUUUUUCCAAUAGAAGCAGUAGAUAUUGGAACUCUGUAUCAGCUUCUUGUGGAAAAAGCAAAAGGCUCUGACUGGCACCUCCAGAAGGUUAUGGUGAAAGAGCCACCGUUUGAAGGAAAAGAGACACUCUUUAUGGCACAAACAUGGCUGAAAGACAGAAUUGAGAAGAAAAGAUAUGCCUCAGUAACUCUAAAUGCUACCGUACUGGAAAGGAGAAACACAACUGCCUUAUUGUUACAAGACCAAAAUAUGAAAUCAGAAGGUCUAUGGAAGAUUUGUUGCACUGCAUGUCGUGAAGAUUCGUCAAAAGCAUUGGAAGAGUCUUGGGAAAACAUUGCUAAACUGAUUUGGGUGUUCUAUGGAAACAGUGGCAAAUCUGAACCAAUUUCCUUGAAGAGCAAAGCAGAAGUUCAAGCUGAUAACAAAAUAACAUUUGAUGUGUAUUUCCCAUCUGAUCUGGGAACACUUUAUAAAGUGAAGAUUGGGGUUCAUCACUUGGGAGAAAACAUAUGGCAAUUGUUUCAUCACUGCAAAAUCCAGAACACCGUAACCCUGGAUACCUUUAGUCUCUCAUUAAAUGAAACGCUUCCUCUUCUUAAUGGAGACCAGUGGAUUGAGUUCCCUAUAGAAUGGCCAUUAAGGGAAGCACUUUCUGUGAUUACAUAUGAUAUAAAAAUAUUCUGCAAUGAUACUGUGAGCAAAAUAAACAUGGUGCCCAUCUCUCUGAAUUUAUAUGGAACCAAUGGAGACACUGAAGGCAGAAGACUUUUGUUGUCUCCAUCAGCUACAAUUCAGAAUGGAGAAGCUGGGGAGUCAUUUACAGGUCAGAUAGAUGCUGUGGAUUUGGGAAAAUUGCACAAAAUUGUCCUUCUCAUUGGAAACACAUCAUCCUGCAAACUGGCAAUUAAAGCCUUGCACUUAAAGGAAGCUCUCAAGCAAGAGCCUGUGUACAUAUUUGAAGUGAACGAAACAUUCCAUUUGGACACUGAUAAACCUGAAAUAAGGAGAGAAAUCCCUCUCUCUCUGGUUACUAAAGAAGAUAAUGGACCAGAAAAUCUGAUAGAACAUACUAUUAAAGUGUACACUGGUGAUAAAAGAGGGGCUGGAACUAAUGCCAGUGUUCACAUAAUUUUGUUUGGAGACAUGGACACAUCUCAUUUAAUUCAGCUCAAAACCUCUCUGGAUCAUCAAAAUAUGUUUGAAAGAGGAAAGACUGACACAUUCAAAAUCAAGACAAAGAAUAUUGGAAGGCUGCAGAAGAUUGAAAUUGGGCAUGAUGGAAAAGGAUUUGGUAAUGGCUGGUUUCUUGAAAAGGUAGAAAUCACAGAUAUGUCUACGAAUGAACUCUACAGCUUUAGUUGUAACAGAUGGCUGGCUGAAGAUGAAAAUGAUGGGCGCACAGUAGUGCAGCUUUACAUAUAA